CCAAUUAUGUGUUAAUUGGAAGCGAACGUAUGACCCGUUACGUUUUCCUAAAACAUCCGUAUUGUAAACACAUGCACAUUAUGUGUGUCACUGGAGCGUAACACCAUAUAAAACAAGAUGUUAUUCACUCUACGGCAUUCAGAUUACUCUUGGAUUAGCAAGGGCAAGGGAUUAAAUCAAGAUGGUGUCAAAAGUACUUUGUUUCGCAUUAAUACUAUUUAUAUUUGUGAUUAAAACUCAUUCUGCGCCAAUGAUUGAGUCUAAAAAAGAGAUAAAAGUUGCUCCGGUCCAAGAUGCAAACGAAAUGAUGGAAACAGCGGAAUCACAGAAUCCAUUUUUGCCGCGUUUUGCGAUGAGGAGGUUAAAGGAGAGACGGGAGAGAAUACGGGCACAAAGACGACAGAAUCAGAACCAAGGGGUAAGGAGGUCGCAGACGGCUAGACCUCAUUGUAACCAUUAUAGGACGUAUAAAAAAUGAAGACUAGUCUCAUAAUACUGGUAUUAGGGAUAAGUGUUAUCGGAAGUGCUGAAGAAUUAAACCAAAAUAAGAAUCUAUUACCAAUCGACAGUGAAACACAAAAUAAACCAAUUGAAGUUACAACAAAUUUUAAUAAACAAGAUGACGAGGAUAACAUAAAUACAGAAUCGGAUAUCAGAAACGAAAUAACUGAAAAAUACGACAAUGCUGAAAUCGACAUCCUUAUAGAAGAAAGUAUUGAAGGCACACCAAAUGAUUUCAUACCGCCAGAAGUACCUCUUGAAGAUUCGGCGAAUGGUUUGCUUCCAGGACUGCCCCCAUCUCUUGGUAUUCCUAACGAGUUUAUAGCACCUGAACCGCCAACAGUGACAUAUCAAGAUGAAGUCCCAGAACCACAAAUAUUUAAUCCUUAUACCGAAGACAAUGUAAUUAUUAAAGAACCCGGCGAAAUUAUGGAGACCGCAGAGGGCUUCGUUCCUAUUCCAAUCAUCAGAAACAGACAGAAACAACGAAGACGUUUCGUCACCAGAAGGAAUUUCCAAAGAUAUCCAUUCAGAAGAUUUCACUUCUUUUAUCCCUAUCCAUUUUAUCACCCCAGCUCUCUCAGAUAUUAUAGAUAUUAAGCCAUACCAAAAACGUUUUGUUACAUUUGUAAUUUACGGAAUAUUUAAUAAGA